AUUGGCCCUUCCUCAUCGUCGUUGCCUGCUCACACACCUUGUCAUCAACGAGUGUUGCAACACACACACAACAGCAAAUCUCACUCCCCCCUUCUACACCCUUACCUCCCCUUCAAAACAACCCUCUCAAAAUGGCUUUCGGUGACCGUGGCGGUGGCGGCGGACGCGGCGGUGGACGCGGCGGCGGUCGCGGUGGAUUCGGCGGCGGCGGUCGCGGCGGUGGCCGUGGUGGUGCCUCGUUCGGCGGCGGUGGACGCGGCGGCGGCCGUGGCGGUGGUGCUGGUGGCCGUGGUGCUCCCGGUGGCCGUGGUCGUGGAGCUCCUCGCGGUCGUGGUGGUGCCGGUGGUGGACGUGGUGGCGCCAAGGGUGGCCUCGGCAAGAAGGGUCCCGGCGCUGUUACCAUCGAGCCCCACCGUCACGAUGGUGUCUACAUCGCCAAGGGCAAGGAGCACCUCCUCGUCACCCGCAACCUUACCCCCGGCGAGUCGGUCUACGGCGAGAAGCGCAUCAGCGUCGCCCAGACCAACGAGGCUGGCGAGGAGGAGAAGAUCGAGUACCGUGUCUGGAACCCCUUCCGUUCCAAGCUCGCUGCUGGUAUCCUUGGUGGUCUUGACAACAUCCACAUCAAGCCCGGAGCCAAGGUCCUCUACCUCGGUGCCGCCUCUGGUUCGUCAGUGUCGCACGUUGCCGAUGUCGUUGGCCCCGAGGGUGUCGUCUACGCCGUCGAGUUUUCUCACCGUCCUGGUCGUGACCUGAUCGGCAUGGCCAAGAAGCGCACCAACGUUAUCCCCAUUGUCGACGACGCUCGUCACCCCCAGAAGUACCGCAUGCUCCUGCAGAUGGUCGAUGUCAUCUUCGCCGACGUUGCCCAGCCUGAUCAGGCUCGUAUCAUUGCCCUCAACGCGCACCACUUCCUCAAGCAGGGCGGUGCCAUUGUCAUCUCGAUCAAGGCCAACUGUAUCGACUCGACUGCCCCCGCUGCCCAGGUCUUCGCUUCCGAAGUCAACAACAUGCGCAAGGAGGGCAUCAAGCCCAAGGAGCAGCUCACCCUUGAGCCUUACGAGCGUGACCACGCCAUCGUUGUCGGCAUCUACGACCGCCACUCGGCCGCCAACUAAGCGAAGAAAGAGCUAGUUGUCUUGUCCGCCGUCUGCUACCUACCUCCACAUCCUCACAUCCGCCGCGGCCUCGCGAGGCGCACAUCUUCAACCUACCACACUGCAAGCGAUGAUUGGGCCAGAGCUUAAUACGACUCGGCUCCACCUUGCUUCACUUGUACCGCGGCAUGCCGCACAUGUAUUGGGCUCGAGCACGCAGA